AUGGAAUUCUAUCAGCAUCCGAUGCUAAUCAACGAACAUUAUGUUUUUUUACGUGAAAUUGAAAAUAUUCACGAUCAUAUAACAGAUAGCAAAGUAUCAAAAUUUAUUGAUAUGCAAUAUUCAAAUGAUGGUCAACCGAAACUCGAUAGUGAAGCAGAAAGUUUACUUAAUAAUCUAAAGUAUAAACGUAUACCAAGUGUAUUACAAUCAUCAAAUAUUUAUUCAUACAAAGUUCAUUGGACACCAAUGGGUAUCAAUCGAAAAGAUCAUGCCGAAUAUAUAACUCGAUUCAAUGAUGAUUUUUAUAAUGCAAUCAAACAACAAAUUGAUCAAUGUAUUCAAUCACGUAUUUUAAUCGGUUCUGAUCCAUUACAACAUGAAAUAUUGGAACAUGCAAUUCAAUGUAAAACAUAUGUUGCAAAAUUUCAUGGUCGAACUGAUGUUCUUAGUCGAUUGAAAGAAUAUAUCAUGAAUGAAGAAGAAAAUCGUGCAUGCAUUGUCUAUGGAGCAUCCGGUUGUGGAAAAAUCAGUGUAUUGGCCAAGGCUGCAGUCGAAGUAUACUAA